GGUCGGUUGUCUUUAGAGAAAUUUAUUCAAUUUUAAAAUCGUUUAACUCCUCUCUCUCUCUCUCUCUCUCUCCCCCACAAGUCCCGAGCUUCGUAUGUGUCCCGUUCUGUGCAUCUCUCAGUGGAAACCAGGCUUACAGUAGUCUACUUUACUCACUCCAAUGCCGAACUCAACUUCCCACGUUUUGUUUUGUUUUCUUUCCGAAGUUUCAGCGAAGGAUCCCUUAAAAACCGAGUGAAAUGAAUCAGCCAUUAUUGUUGUUUUCCUGGGUUUUCUGGUCUCGCAACAAAACAAAACAUGGCCCUCUCUUCUUCCUUUUCCCUCCCUUCCAUUUCCAAGACCACGCUAAGAAGACGUUAAGACCUUGGAGUAAUGAUGGAAGCAAACAAAGGUUCGAUUUUCCACUCACAAGUAGCAAAACUGAACUGUUUGGUCAUCAGCUUGUGACAGUAGGAGCUCACUUACACAAGAGCUGGAGUUUUUUGGGAGGUUUGAGAGUUACUAUGAGACCAAGGCAUGAGAGUAUCGUUCCACUUCGAAAAAUCUCUCGAGUAUAUGCGUCAUGGUUGGCAAGUUCUCAAAUGGCUAGCACUGCUUUUACUGUCGGAACAACCUCAGUUCUCCCAUUCUAUGCCCUCAUGGUUCUGGCACCUAAAGCUGAACUAACGAAAAUUUCCAUGGAAAGUAGCAUACCGUAUAUCGUGCUGGGAGUUCUCUAUGCCUAUCUACUGUACCUCUCUUGGACUCCUGAAACGCUACAGUUGAUUUUUGCAAGUAAAUACUGGCUUCCUGAGCUGCCGGGUAUUGGAAGGAUGUUCUCGAAUGAGAUGACAUUAGCUUCUGCUUGGAUUCACUUGUUGGUUGUGGAUCUCUUUGCUGCAAGGCAGGUUUUUCGUGAUGGACUGGAUAACGAAAUUGAGACGCGACAUUCAGUUUCUCUUUGCCUCUUUUUCUGUCUCGUUGGAAUCGUUACUCAUGUCAUUACCAAAGCACUGACUAAAAGUGCUGGAAAUUCCGUCACACGUAAUAUGCAUUGACAAUUGAAAUUGUUCCGCAACAAUCAGGUUUUUCGGAUGUUGAAAAGAAAACCCUGAUUUGAAUGAAUGAACGGAUGAAGAUUCUUAUGUUCGUCGGCAAUUUACAAAUAUGUUGUUCUCUUUGAAAGCACAGAUCUCAUACUAUCUUUGAUCAAAUACAUUGACAAGUCAUUCAUUUUUUGUGGUUUGCAACAUUAAAAGGCGGAUGUAUAUAUUAUUACUUUUGAUUUCAUGAGGAGAGCAAAAAUUCUACUAUGCUCCGAUUUAUCAUAUACACUUGACUUUUCGACUGUGAGAUCUUGAUUAUUGAAUUCUUGACCACGGAAAUAAGGAAAGUAACAUAACAUGCAUAAACUAACGAAAAGAAAGUAAAAUAACAUGCAUACAGCAAAAUGGACAUUGCAUGAUGAACCAUGAACAGGCAGAUGGGGAAAUAUAGAGUUUCUAAGAUAUCGUGUAGACUUUUCUUGAUACUACCUUAAAUUCAUGGCUGUUGUUGUGGCGGCGGCGGCGGGUAUCGCUCCGGUGGUGGCCAGAAAUGAGAUGGAACGUUAGAUUUUGGUGACGGCGGCCGCGAUCCCGUGUAGACUCUUCUUGAUACUACUGUAAAUUCAUCCGUGUGAAGGCCAGAAAAAUCUUGAGGAGUGGCCGUGGCGGUCGCCACGUAUCUGGACUCUGACAUUACUACUAGCAGAUGUAGUAUUAGUCCAUGAA